AUGAAGGUAGGUACACUUAAGUAUAUUGAUAGUAUGCAAUUUAUGAAUUCUAGCUUGACCUCUCUUACAAAGAAUUUGGGUGAUAACCAUCCAAUUAUGACUGAGUAUUUCAAGAAACAAGGCUAUUUUUCUGAACAGAUUUCUUUAGCAUAUCGUAAAGGAAUCUUUCCUCAUGA